AUGACGGACAUGAAGAAGAUCAAAGUCUUGGGAGUCCAUGGCCCAAACGCUGGCAAGGUCAUUGUCCUUUGCGAGGAGCUCGGAAUCCCAUAUGAGACGGAAAUCAUCCCCCUAAACGACGUCAAGAACCCCAAGUACGUUGCCAUCAACCCGAACGGCCGGCUGCCGUCCAUCCAGGAUCCCAACACAGACCUAACGCUGUGGGAGUCGGGCGCAAUCAUCGACUGCGGCCUACCACGCUGCCAGUGGCUCCUCUACCAGACCACCGGCCAGGGACCAUACUACGGGCAGGCGAUGUGGUUUAUUAUCUAUCAGCCACUUCCCGAGGCGCGCGAGCGCUAUGUCAAGGAGGUUAACCGCGUGACCGGUGUUCUGGAGGGACACCUGGCAAAGCAGACCCCUGACGCGGACGGCAACUCUUGGUUCUUGGGCGGGCGGAUCUCGUACGUGGAUAUCGCCUUCUUUACGUGGCAGAAUACGGCCUCGCCGCGAAUCCCGAAUGUCGAGUUCAAUCAGGAUGAAUUCCCGCACGUCAUGAAGUGGCACGACAACAUGCUUGCGCGCCCGAGUGUGCAGAAGGUCCUGAAGCUCCAAGAGACAAAAUAG